GUUCUUGUCAGAUUACGGUCUGCAUAUUUCCUUUUGUAAUAUGCCAUUCAUGGAGGUCCCUCGUACGAGUGACCCGUGUCGUGAAUCAAUCGUUUUUGUCCUCACAACCCCCGACGAAUUACAGGCUGUCCACUAAAGCCCAAUAUAACUGGCGGGGAUCCACAGGUCACUCAAUCAAGUCCAGCUCUUUGGUGAGUUCACCACCUACAAAUUCCUAAUAAUACAGUCCCUAGCCGCUGAGAGAGAGAGAGAGAGAGUUUGUCAGCGCGCACGCGCUGCUGUUGCUGAAAUGGGUACUCUUGUGGCUUCCUGUUUCGUGGUUGUGAUUUUGGAGACUGUAUGGUUGUAUGGAGGAGUGGCUGGAGCUUACGUGAAGUACAACACUAGUGGUGCGGUUGUGGAAGGGAAGUUGAACGUCCACUUGGUCCCGCAUUCCCACGACGACGUCGGAUGGUUGAAGACCAUUGAUCAGUACUAUGUCGGCUCGAACAACUCCAUCCAGGGUGCUUGUGUCGAGAAUGUGCUUGAUUCUGUUGUCGAAGCAUUGUCGCGAGAUCCCAAUAGGAAGUUUAUAUUCGCCGAGAUGGCUUUCUUCCAAAGAUGGUGGUUAGAGCAAAGUCCAGAAACAAAAGAACAAAUGAGGAAACUUGUAAAUGCUGGCCAAUUGGAAUUCAUAAAUGGCGGAUGGUGUAUGCACGAUGAGGCAACAACUCAUUACAUCGACAUGAUUGACCAAACAACUCUGGGUCAUGGCCUGAUAAAGUCACAGUUCAACAAAGUUCCUCGAGUUGGAUGGCAAAUUGAUCCGUUUGGACAUUCUGCUGUGCAAGCUUACCUGCUUGGAGCUGAGGUUGGAUUUGAUUCCCUGCAUUUUGCCAGGAUCGACUAUCAAGACAGAGCGAAUCGCAAGAAUGAUAAAUCUCUUGAGGUCAUAUGGCGUGGCUCUAAAACAUUUGGUUCCUCAUCUCAGAUUUUCACAAAUGCAUUUCCUGUUCAUUAUAGUCCGCCGGAUGGUUUCGAUUUUGAAAUGUCUAAUGAUUUUGAGCCUGUUCAGGAUAAUAUUCUCCUCUAUGACUAUAAUGUCGAAAAAAGAGUGAAUGAUUUUAUUAGUGCUGCAAUGACACAGGCAAAUGUGACAAGAACAAAUCACAUUAUGUGGACCAUGGGUGAUGAUUUUCAGUACCAAUACGCUGAGUCUUGGUUCAAGGAGAUGGACAAAUUCGUUCAUUAUGUUAACAAGGAUGGUCGGGUGAAUGCAUUAUACUCUACGCCAUCUAUUUACGUUGAUGCCAAAAAUGCAGAAAAUGGAUCAUGGCCUUUGAAAACCGAUGAUUACUUUCCGUACGCAGAUAGUAAAGAUGCCUAUUGGACUGGUUACUUUACCAGCCGGCCAGCCCUGAAACGAUAUGUUAGGAUGCUAAGUGGAUAUUAUUUGGCAGCACGCCAACUUGAAUUUCUUGUGGGGCGAAGGUCCAGCGGUCCUAGCACUUAUGGGCUUGGAGAUGCCUUAGGAAUAGCACAACAUCACGAUGCUGUCAGUGGUACAGCUAAACAGCACACGACAAAUGAUUAUGAGAAGCGCCUAGCUGUUGGAGCUUCUGAGGCAGAAGCUGUCGUCAAUAAUGCUCUCUCGUGCCUAGUUAGUAAGAAACCAGGUGGUCAGUGUUCAUCAUCUGCUUUGAACUUUAGCCAGUGCCAAUUACUCAACAUAAGUUUCUGCCCAGCAACAGAGGAAGAUAUUCCAGAUGGAAAGAGUCUGGUUGUGGUAGCAUAUAAUUCCCUUGGAUGGAAUCGAACGGAUGUCAUAAGGAUCCCAGUCACUGAUUCAAAUUUUGUCGUCCGUGACUCUUCUGGAAAUACCAUUGAAGCACAAUUCAUCGAUUUGGAUAGUGCUACAAUCAACUUGAGGAACUUCUACGUGAAAGCCCAUUUGGGAUUGUUGCCACAGCAGGUCCCAAAGUACUGGCUAAUAUUUCAAGUUUCAAUACCGCCAUUGGGUUGGAGCACAUACUUCAUUUCUAAAGCAGCUACAGAAGGGGAAAGUAAAAGUACCGUUCUCUCUACACUGAGCAAUCCACAGAAUGAUACCAUAGAAGUUGGACCAGGGGAUCUGAAGAUGCUAUUUUCAUCAACCUCGGGGCAACUUGUCCGGAUAUUAAACUCUAAAACUGGGGUUGAUGUACCAGUACAGCAAAGCUAUCUCUACUAUGCCUCAAGUAUCGGUGACCCAGUUGAUUCUCAGGCUUCUGGUGCAUACAUCUUCCGCCCAGAUGGUGCUCGUCCAACUAUUGUUUCAAGAGAAGUACCCCUGAAGGUUGUUCGGGGACCACUAGUUGAUGAAGUGCAUCAACAGUUCAGUUCAUGGAUCUACCAGGUCACGAGAUUAUACAAGGACAAAGAGCAGGCUGAUGUCGAAUUCACAAUCGGACCAAUUCCAACAGAUGAUGGAGUUGGAAAGGAGGUGAUAACACAAAUGACGGCAAAUAUGGCCACGGAGAAGACCUUCUACACUGAUUCUAAUGGAAGAGAUUUCAUAAAACGGGUGCGAGAUUAUAGAUCAGAUUGGUCCCUCACUGUUACACAACCUGUUGCAGGAAAUUACUAUCCAAUUAAUCUCGGAAUUUUCACCAAAGACAACAAAACUGAAUUCUCUGUCUUAGUGGAUCGUGCCGUUGGGGGAGCUAGUAUCAAAGACGGGCAAAUAGAGUUGAUGCUUCACAGGCGAAUACUUAAAGAUGACAGAAGAGGAGUGGGGGAAGCUCUUGACGAGAUGGUGUGCAUUGCAAAUAACAGAACGUGCAAAGGACUAACGGUACGAGGACACUACCACAUAGGCAUCAGCAAAGCAGGAGAGGGAGCUCGCUGGCGACGGACGACUGGCCAAGAAGUGUACUCGCCUUUAGUUCUGGCUUUUGCACAUGAGAAGAUGGAGGACUGGACAGCUUCUCAUGUUACCAUUGCGACUACUAUGGAUUCAAGUUACAGUUUACCUCAGAAUGUCGCUUUAAUCACUCUGCAGGAGUUGGAUGAUGGAAGUGCACUACUACGUCUUGCACAUCUUUAUGAGUCUGGUGAAGAUGCCGAGUAUUCAACCGUGGCUAAAGUCGAGCUGAAGAAGAUGUUUGCGGGAAGAAUGAUAAAGGAAGUAAAGGAAAUGAGCUUGUCUGCAAACCAAGAGAAGUCUGAAAUGAAGCAGAUGACGUGGAAAGUCGAAGUGGAAGUCGUGGCGGAACCUAUGCCUUUAAGAGGGGGCCCUGUCAAUGUCUCGGAUCUUGUUGUCGAGCUUGGUCCCAUGGAAAUUCGUACUUUCUUGCUCAAAUUCUAAGCAUUGUACGUAAUGUCUCUUUUCACGUAAUCAAUUAACUUCCAGAGUCUCUUUCAUACAUUUUUUUCAUAAAGAUGUUAACCAGUGCCCAAAAAGGGUACCAUUUAGCUCAAUAUGAAACCAAUAAGUGCAGGUUUUUUUGGCUUUCCUAA